GCCCGGUCCUGAGGCGCGCGCGGGCGGAACCCGGGAGCGGGGACGCGGAGGACGGACGGAGGGAGGGACGGAGGGACGGAGGAGCCGCGCCGCGCCAUGGCCGAGCGCCGCGCCUUCGCCCAGAAGAUCAGCAGAACUGUGGCAGCUGAAGUUAGGAAGCAGAUCUCUGGACAGUACAGUGGUUCCCCUCAACUGCUCAAAAACCUCAACAUUGUUGGCAGUACCUCCCCUCACAGCGCAGUGCCCCUUAGUGAAGCAGUGGAUCCCGUGGAUUUGGAAGAUUAUCUCAUUACUCAUCCUUUAGCUGUGGAUUCUGGGCCUUUGAGGGAUUUGAUUGAAUUUCCUCCAGAUGAUAUUGAAGUUGUAUAUAGUCCUAGGGAAUGCAGAACCCUCGUUUCAGCUGUGCCUGAGGAAAGUGAAAUGGAUCCACAUGUUAGAGAUUGUAUAAGAAGUUAUACAGAAGACUGGGCAGUUGUGAUCAGAAAGUAUCAUAAACUGGGAACAGGAUUUAAUCCCAAUACAUUAGAUAAGCAGAAAGAAAGGCAAAAAGGUUUGGCAAAGCAGGUCUUUGAAUCUGAUGAAGUUCCAGAUGGCAACAGUUACCAGGAUGAGCAAGAUGAUCUUAAAAGACGUUCAGUGUCAAUAGAUGAUACUCCAAGGGGAAGCUGGGCCUGCAGCAUUUUUGAUUUGAAAAACUCACUUCCUGAUGCCUUGCUUCCUAACUUACUUGAUCGAACUCCAAAUGAAGAAAUAGACCGUCAGAAUGAUGAUCAAAGGAAAUCAAAUCGUCACAAGGAGCUCUUUGCUUUGCAUCCAUCACCAGAUGAGGAAGAACCAAUAGAAAGGCUUAGUGUUCCUGAUGUACCCAGAGAACAUUUUGGUCAAAGACUUCUUGUAAAAUGUUUAUCACUCAAGUUUGAGAUUGAAAUUGAACCCAUUUUUGCAAGUUUGGCUUUAUAUGAUGUCAAAGAAAAGAAAAAGAUUUCAGAAAACUUUUAUUUUGACCUUAAUUCUGAGCAGAUGAAAGGAUUGUUACGUCCACACGUACCACCUGCUGCCAUUACCACCCUGGCAAGAUCAGCUAUCUUUUCUAUUACUUAUCCUUCUCAGGAUGUUUUUCUUGUAAUAAAGCUAGAAAAAGUUCUGCAGCAAGGAGACAUUGGAGAGUGUGCAGAGCCAUAUAUGAUUUUCAAAGAAGCCGAUGCCACCAAGAAUAAGGAGAAAUUGGAGAAGCUGAAAAGUCUAGCAGAUCAGUUUUGCCAAAGACUUGGGAAAUAUCGCAUGCCAUUUGCUUGGACUGCAAUCCAUUUAAUGAAUAUUGUUAGCAGUGCUGGCAGUUUAGAAAGAGACUCUGCAGAAGUAGAAAUCAGUACUGGAGAACGAAAAGGGUCUUGGUCAGAGAGGAGGAAUUCUAGUCUUGUGGGCAGGCGAUCACUUGAAAGGACAACAAGUGGAGAUGAUGCUUGCAACUUGACUGGCUUUCGACCUGCCACUCUCACAGUGACAAAUUUCUUUAAGCAGGAAGGAGACCGCUUAAGUGAUGAAGAUCUGUACAAAUUCCUUGCUGAUAUGAGAAGGCCAUCUUCUGUCUUGCGGCGACUGAGACCUAUUACAGCUCAGCUGAAGAUAGACAUUUCUCCUGCUCCUGAAAAUCCCCAUUACUGCUUAACCCCAGAACUGCUUCAAGUGAAGCUGUACCCCGACAGCAGAGUCAGACCUACUCGGGAAAUUUUAGAGUUUCCUGCUCGAGAUGUCUAUGUACCAAACACUACUUACAGAAAUCUUCUCUACAUAUACCCUCAGAGCCUUAAUUUUGCCAAUCGUCAGGGUUCUGCCAGGAAUAUCACAGUGAAAGUCCAGUUUAUGUAUGGAGAAGACCCGAGCAAUGCCAUGCCGGUAAUCUUUGGUAAAUCUAGCUGUUCAGAGUUUUCAAAGGAAGCCUAUACAGCCGUAGUAUAUCAUAACAGGUCUCCUGAUUUUCAUGAAGAAAUCAAGGUUAAACUCCCUGCUACUUUAACUGACCAUCAUCACUUACUUUUUACUUUUUAUCAUGUUAGUUGUCAACAAAAACAAAAUACUCCUCUUGAAACCCCCGUUGGAUAUACAUGGAUCCCGAUGCUUCAGAAUGGACGGCUGAAGACUGGCCAGUUUUGCUUGCCAGUCUCCCUGGAGAAGCCUCCCCAGGCCUACUCUGUGCUGUCCCCAGAGGUUCCUCUACCUGGCAUGAAGUGGGUAGAUAAUCACAAAGGUGUAUUUAAUGUUGAAGUUGUUACUGUUUCAUCUAUCCAUACACAAGAUCCCUGUCUUGAUAAAUUUUUUGCUCUGGUCAAUGCUCUGGAUGAACACAUGUUCCCCGUCCGCAUUGGGGACAUGCGAAUUAUGGAAAAUAACUUAGAAAAUGAGUUGAAGAGCAGCAUUUCAGCAUUGAAUUCAUCUCAGUUGGAGCCAGUGGUCCGAUUUCUUCAUCUCCUGCUUGAUAAACUGAUCCUAUUAGUUGUUAGACCACCUGUCAUUGCUGGCCAAAUAGUUAAUCUAGGUCAAGCAUCUUUUGAAGCCAUGGCAUCAAUUAUAAAUCGACUUCAUAAAAACUUGGAAGGAAAUCAUGACCAGCAUGGCAGGAACAGCCUUCUUGCGUCCUAUAUCUAUUACGUUUUUCGCCUACCAAAUACUUACCCUAAUUCACCCUCACCAGGUCCUGGGGGCUUGGGAGGAUCUGUACAUUAUGCCACAAUGGCUAGGUCCGCUGUGCGACCUGCAAGCCUUAACCUGAGCCGUUCGCGGAGCCUGAGUAACAGUAACCCAGACAUAUCGGGGACGCCCACAUCCCCAGACGACGAAGUGCGAGCUAUCAUUGGCAGUAAGGGUUUAGAUCGCUCCAAUUCCUGGGUUAACACUGGCGGUCCAAAAGCUGCCCCAUGGGGAUCCAACCCCAGCCCAAGUACAGAAUCAACACAGGCUAUGGAUCGAAGUUGUAAUCGUAUGUCUUCGCACACAGAGACGUCAAGUUUUUUACAAACAUUAACGGGACGCUUACCAACUAAAAAGCUUUUUCACGAGGAGUUGGCUCUGCAGUGGGUCGUUUGCAGUGGCAGCGUUCGAGAGUCAGCUUUGCAGCAGGCCUGGUUCUUUUUUGAACUAAUGGUAAAGAGCAUGGUGCACCAUUUGUACUUUAAUGAUAAACUGGAUGCUCCAAGGAAAAGUCGUUUUCCAGAACGUUUUAUGGAUGACAUUGCUGCUCUUGUCAGCACAAUUGCUAGUGAUAUAGUUUCUAGAUUUCAGAAGGACACAGAAAUGGUUGAGAGACUCAAUACAAGCCUUGCAUUCUUUCUCAAUGAUCUGUUGUCUGUUAUGGACAGAGGAUUUGUCUUUAGCCUUAUAAAGUCCUGCUAUAAACAGGUAUCUUCAAAGCUUUAUUCACUGCCAAAUCCAAGUGUCCUGGUGUCCUUGCGAUUGGAUUUUCUGCGAAUCAUCUGCAGCCAUGAGCACUAUGUUACAUUAAACCUCCCCUGCAGCUUGCUCACUCCCCCGGCGUCUCCAUCCCCUUCGGUUUCUUCUGCAACAUCUCAGAGUUCCGGGUUCUCCACGAAUGCACAGGACCAGAAGAUCGCGAACAUGUUUGAGCUGUCCGUGCCUUUCCGCCAGCAGCACUACUUGGCCGGUCUUGUGCUGACAGAGCUGGCUGUCAUUUUAGACCCCGAUGCUGAUGGACUGUUUGGAUUGCAUAAGAAAGUCAUCAAUAUGGUGCACAAUUUGCUGUCUAGUCACGACUCUGACCCGCGGUACUCUGACCCCCAGAUCAAAGCUCGCGUGGCCAUGUUGUAUCUGCCUCUGAUUGGCAUCAUCAUGGAAACUGUGCCUCAGCUGCAUGACUUUACAGAAACUCACAAUCAACGUGGAAGACCGAUUUGCACCACUACCGAGGACUAUGAAAGUGAGAGUGGAAGCAUGAUUAGCCAGACGGUUGCCAUGGCGAUUGCAGGGACCUCAGUGCCUCAGCUGACAAGACCUGGCAGUUUCCUCCUCACACCCACGGGAUCGAACUCAGGACCUUGCGGUUUGGAGACUGGCAGACAACACACUACCUUUUCGGCAGAAUCAAGUCGGAGCCUUUUGAUUUGUCUACUUUGGGUUCUCAAGAAUGCAGAUGAGACGGUUCUACAGAAGUGGUUCACAGAUCUCUCAGUCUUACAGCUAAACCGGCUCUUAGACCUUCUCUAUCUCUGUGUAUCUUGUUUUGAGUACAAAGGGAAAAAAGUAUUUGAAAGAAUGAACAGUUUGACCUUCAAGAAGUCAAAAGACAUGAGAGCAAAACUGGAAGAAGCCAUUCUUGGGAGCAUAGGUGCCAGGCAGGAAAUGGUGCGCCGCAGCCGAGGCCAGCUCGAGAGGAGCCCAUCUGGCAGUGCCUUUGGAAGCCAAGAAAAUCUGAGAUGGAGAAAGGACAUGACUCACUGGCGUCAGAACACAGAGAGGCUUGACAAGUCAAGAGCAGAGAUUGAACAUGAAGCAUUAAUUGAUGGAAAUCUGGCUACUGAGGCAAACCUGAUCAUUUUAGAUACGCUAGAGGUUGUUGUCCAGACAGUUUCCGUGACAGAAUCCAAAGAGAGCAUCCUUGGUGGGGUGCUAAAGGUGCUGCUCCACAGCAUGGCCUGCAACCAGAGCGCCCUGUACCUCCAGCACUGCUUCGCCACACAGAGGGCCCUGGUCUCCAAGUUCCCGGAGCUCCUGUUUGAAGAGGAGACCGAACAGUGUGCCGACCUGUGCCUCCGUCUGCUCCGACACUGCAGCAGCAGCAUCGGUUCCAUCCGCUCCCACGCCAGCGCCUCCCUGUACCUGCUCAUGCGGCAGAACUUCGAGAUUGGCAACAACUUUGCCAGGGUUAAGAUGCAGGUAACAAUGUCACUGUCCUCCUUGGUCGGCACAUCUCAGAAUUUUAAUGAAGAAUUUUUAAGACGUUCUCUAAAGACAAUAUUGACAUAUGCCGAAGAAGAUCUGGAGUUGAGGGAAACGACAUUUCCUGAUCAGGUCCAGGAUCUGGUUUUCAAUCUGCAUAUGAUCCUUUCUGAUACUGUUAAAAUGAAGGAGCACCAGGAGGACCCUGAAAUGUUGGUCGAUCUGAUGUACAGAAUUGCCAAGGGUUACCAGACCUCUCCAGACCUGCGGCUGACCUGGUUGCAGAACAUGGCUGGCAAGCACUCAGAGCGAAGCAAUCAUGCUGAGGCUGCACAGUGCCUGGUCCACUCGGCAGCACUUGUGGCAGAGUAUCUGAGCAUGCUGGAGGACCGCAAAUACCUGCCUGUCGGAUGUGUGACAUUUCAGAAUAUUUCAUCUAAUGUAUUGGAAGAGUCUGCAGUGUCAGAUGAUGUUGUAUCUCCAGAUGAAGAAGGUAUCUGCUCUGGAAAAUACUUUACUGAGUCAGGACUUGUGGGAUUGCUGGAACAAGCAGCUGCUUCUUUCUCUAUGGCUGGCAUGUAUGAAGCAGUUAAUGAGGUUUACAAAGUACUUAUUCCUAUUCAUGAAGCUAAUCGGGAUGCAAAGAAACUAUCCACAAUUCAUGGUAAACUUCAAGAAGCAUUCAGCAAAAUUGUCCAUCAGAGUACUGGCUGGGAGCGGAUGUUCGGCACCUAUUUUCGCGUUGGUUUUUAUGGAACCAAGUUCGGGGAUUUGGAUGAACAGGAAUUUGUUUACAAGGAGCCUGCAAUAACCAAACUUGCUGAGAUAUCUCACAGAUUGGAGGGAUUUUAUGGAGAAAGAUUUGGAGAGGAUGUGGUUGAAGUGAUCAAAGACUCUAAUCCCGUGGACAAGUGUAAAUUAGAUCCUAACAAGGCAUACAUUCAGAUUACCUACGUGGAGCCGUACUUUGACACGUACGAAAUGAAGGACCGAAUCACGUAUUUUGACAAAAAUUAUAAUCUUCGCCGUUUCAUGUACUGUACGCCCUUCACUUUAGAUGGCCGUGCCCACGGUGAACUUCAUGAGCAGUUUAAGAGGAAGACCAUUCUGACCACCUCUCAUGCCUUUCCUUACAUUAAAACGAGGGUCAAUGUCACCCACAAAGAAGAGGUCAUUUUGACGCCCACUGAAGUUGCUAUAGAAGACAUGCAGAAAAAGACCCAGGAGCUGGCGUUUGCGACACAUCAGGAUCCGGCAGACCCUAAAAUGCUUCAGAUGGUUCUCCAGGGAUCUGUAGGGACAACGGUGAAUCAGGGGCCUUUGGAAGUUGCCCAGGUUUUCCUGUCUGACAUACCCAGUGACCCCAAGCUUUUCAGACACCAUAAUAAACUGCGACUCUGCUUCAAAGAUUUCACUAAAAGGUGUGAGGAUGCCUUAAGAAAGAAUAAGAGCUUAAUCGGGCCUGACCAGAAGGAGUAUCAGAGGGAGCUGGAGAGGAACUACCAUCGCCUUAAGGAGGCUCUGCAGCCACUGAUAAACAGGAAGAUCCCUCAGCUGUACAAGGCAGUGUUGCCUGUCACCUGCCACAGUGUUGGCAAAAUAGAAAUGGAAACAACUUGGAGUUUUCUACAACUGAAUCCUAGUUCUACUUGAGCAGAGAUUCCUUCAGUCGAAUAAGCCUUCGCAAAAUGGACCUCUAAAAUUAAAUGCGCUUGUUCUGUUCAUUUGAAAAGAGCCAUGUAUUCAACACUGAAUGUGAGAAGUUAAGAUCUAUUGAAAAACAGAACUUGGGAUGUUACUCUGAAGUUACAGCAUUGGUUCACUCGUUGAAGAAUGCCAAAAAGACAUCAAAUGUAGAGUUUUAGUUUGAGGAUCAUGGCGAUGGUUUCUAACAUUCUGGAACAUACUGUUAUCUUUUUUAAAAAGACAUUUUAAUGAUUCAAAGGUACACUAUACAUUUACCAUUAUUUAUACCAUAGCUAAUGUUAAAUUUAUUUACUUUUAAGUCCAUAUUUUUUAAUUUAUAUUACCAUUUAUAGAUUCAUUUUGGAACCAUUUUAAAUGUAGUAUUGCUAAUUUUCAAGGUACUAUUAAACAUGUGAAUGUUUACACUAACUUCAGUGAGUGGGACUUUUACAUUUUUUCUUUAUUGAAAGAGGCAGAGAGUAAGUUGAGUUGUUCUAGAACUAGUUCCAAGAGAGCUGAGCAAGUGGUACAGGCCUAAAAUCCCGGCUGUUUGGGAGGCUAAGGAAAGAGACCAGCCUGAACAAUUUAGCCAAGACCUGUAUCAAAAUAAAAACAUUUUAAAAGGCUGGCAGUGUAGUUCAGGGGUAGAGUGCCCCAGGGUUUCGUUCCCAGUACCACCAAAAUAACUCCAAAAUUAGCAAAAUGAAAAUCAAAAUUGAGAGUCACUUUGUAGGCCCAAAGAACCCAAAUGGAAUAAAUGAAUUAAUGAGUAUACACAGAUACUGCUGUUUUGUGAAAUCUUAUUUUUCAUUGAGAUAACCCCCCCCCAAAAUAAAACUUUUAUCUGUAAAUGAUCAAGAACGGUUAGCUAGCUUGACCUUUAUAGCUUUGUCUUGUUAGGAGUUUCGAGUUAAAUAGCCAGUCAUGAGUUUUUUUGGUAUUGUUUUGUUCUGGUGGUACUGGUGAUUAAAUCUAGGGAGCGCUGGCUAGAUCCUCAGGCCUUAGUUUUCAGUUUGAGACAUGGUCCAGGUUGCCUAGGCUGGUCUCAAACUUAGAAUUCUUCCUUAGCGUCCUGAGUGGCUGGGAUUACAAAUGUGCACUCCAUACCCAGUACCAGUCAUUUAAACCAAAAAAUUAGAAAUCUGCCUUAAGACUCUUUUAUAUCACCAUAAAGACAGAGCAAGAGUUUAUUCUUUUUAAUCUACUAGUUAAAUGAGAAGUCACACGGCACAUGUAAGAAGUAAAAUAGCUGUUACUCAAUCAACUAAUUUAUUUAAAACUGUAACUUCAUGUAAAUAGAUAAUACAGAAAAUUUAAAAUACAGUUGCUUGGUAGACAGUGCACUUUGAUUUCUGCAAGUGUCCAGAACAAUGUUUUUGUGCAGUGUUGUAGCUUACAGAACGGUACUGCUGCUAACGCUUUUACCUACUGAGGAGUUACAUAAGUCACUUAAAGACUGACCAGAUUUAAUCCCCUGCCGUCGCUUGUGCUUGUCCAAGUCUCCUUAACUUGGUGAUGGCCACUUUCCCCACUGAGCUCACUGCAAGAACAGGCAGUUACUAUCUCAACUCCCUCUUAGCUACAGCAACACAAAAGACCAAGUCACUGAAAGAUGAGCCUCCAUCGGACCAAAAGGGUUAGGUGAAGAGUCAGAAGGAAUAACCUCAAAAGUGGAUUUGAAGCUGGGUACACAGCUCAUUGGUAGAGCACUCGCCUAGCAUGCCAGGGCAGGGCCAAGUCCAGCUCCCCCAAAUUCAGGGGAGCGAGGUAACUAAGAAAAGGCCAGGAGUUAAGAAUAGAGACUCACACGGAAGUGACUACUAUCAAAAGAGGAAGGAGGGCAGACAUAAAGGAUAAAGUAACCCCUAACCCUGUACCACUUCUCAGGUUUCAUUUAGCAAAUUAGGCCAUUUUGCACAAAUUUCAGUGACAAUAUAAAGGACUUUACAAUUUAAUUAUGAUUUAGUUAUCAUGCAGUACUAAUUUUCUGAGUCAGGAGUUUCUUAUUCUUAACUGGUAUAACAUGGAAUAUAUCACAACUCCUUACAUAUCUGUUUUUAGGAAUCGGUACUAGUUCUUAACAUUGACUGUCUUUUGCUGGGCAUGGUGAUACAGACCUAUAAUCUGACCACUCCAGGCUGAGGCAGAAGCGUGAGCUUGAGGACAGCUUGGGCUACAAAGCAAGUUCAGGGCCAACUUGAACUACAGAGCAACACCCUGCCUCAAAAAGACAAACUAAAAACAAAUAAAAAUUGGCCCUUUUUAGUUAGUAGAACCCCAAGCUCUGUCCUACACCUGUUCCAUCAUAUUUCAGGUAGUGCACCAGGGCUUUUUUUUUUUUUGGUACCAGAGAUUGAACUCAGGACCUUGCGCUGGUGAGGCAGGCAGUAGAACCAGAGCUAAAUCCCCAGUGCUCAAGGGCUGUUUUUAAAGCUCCAUGAUUCUGACUGUAGAAAGGGGAGAGUCAUUCUUCUAGUGUAACUUUUUGGUUGACCAGGAAGUCUGAUUUGUUGAAAUGGGAUGUAUGUGUUACUCUUAACAGCACUUCUAAAUUCUUUAGUUAUAAGAAAAUCUUAGUACCAGUAAUGUCCUUAAAUCAUAAUUGGACACUAAUUUAGUAUAAUUAAAAUUAAAGCAUAAGUUUUCUGUGUGCCCAAAGCACUGUUUUAAAUUCUUGUUUUGAAUGUCAUUAAAUGUCUACUUUAAAGGACACUAGGAUGUGACAAUUUUAUUAUAAAUCUCCUAAGUAUGACAA